ACCUGGCACCAUUCCUACAGUGAAGCAUGGUGACAGCAUAAUGGGUGGAGGCAGCAUCAUGCAGGGGCUUAGGCUGGGACUGCUGAUUCUGCUGUGCUGCCUUGCACUGUUUCCAGCACCUGUCCAGGGGGACAAGGUCCUGGUGAUGCCUGUAGACGGGAGCCACUGGCUGAGCAUGAAGCUGCUGGUGAAGGAGCUGGCGGCCAGAAGCCAUGAGAUGGUUGUGCUGGUCCCUGACACAUCCAUCCUCAUCCAGGGCUCUGACUACUACAGGACUGAGACCUUCAGGGUCCCCUACAGCAAGGCACAGCUGGACGAGAACGUCAACAAACUGAAGGACGCUGCAUUCAUCAAGGCCCCGGAUGUAAUGGACAUAUUCGUGAACGUGCAGCACCUGGUUCACUUCACCACCAUGCAGGUGAAAGGCUGUGAGGGUCUGCUGUAUGACGAGCCCCUGAUGCAGCAACUGAGAGGAGAAAUACUUCAGUUGAUGCUGACUGACCCCUUUCUACCCUGUGGCUCCAUCAUCGCUGACUCCUUCAACAGCCCAGCGGUGUACUUCUUGAGGGGGAUCCCCUGUGGGCUGGAUGAGAAGGCUGCCCAGUGCCCCACUCCCCCCUCCUAUGUACCACGCUUCCACUCAGGCAACACUGACCACAUGGAUUUCCUAGGGAGGGUUAAGAACAUGCUCAUGUACAGUCUGGAGAGCUACCUGUGUACGGUGAUGUUUGCCAGCUUUGACGAGCUGACCAGCAGGUACCUGGAGAAGGACAUGACGUACAGGGAACUUCUGGGUCACGGGGCGAUCUGGCUGCUGAGGUAUGACUACUCCUUUGAGUAUCCCAAACCCAGGAUGCCCAACAUGGUCAACAUUGGCGGCAUCAACUGUGGUACAAUAGCUCCACUUCCAGCGGACCUGCAGGAGUUUGUGGAUGAGUCAGGAGAGGAUGGCUUCGUGGUCUUCACCCUGGGCUCUAUGAUCUCUCAGAUGCCUGAGGAGAAAGCCAAGCAGUUCUUUGAUGCCUUCAGCAAGAUCCCUCAGAGGGUGGUGUGGAGGUACACAGGAGUGGUGCCUGAGAACGCUCCAGACAACGUCAGAUUGAUGAAGUGGCUUCCUCAGAAUGAUCUGCUGGGCCACCCCAAGGUCAAGGCCUUCAUCACCCAUGGAGAAACCCACGGUAUCUACGAGGGGAUCUGUAACAGUGUUCCCAUGGUGAUGCUGCCGUUGUUCGUGACCAGAGUGACAACUGUGACGACCCUCCCACUCUGUCUGCCGUAUUCUGUCUUUGUUCUUGUUUCCUUAUUAGGAUGCCUGUGGACGGAGUCGGGAGGGUCGUCAGCUUCAUGGGAAACACCUGGGCCAGGUGUCUCCCAGGAUAAAUAGACCUCUUCCACAUUCAUGGAAGAGACUCUCUCCAUGCAGACACUUUUAUGGAUUUUGUUGUGUUUCUUGGUGGUUUUUGGGUUGUUUGCUUUAGCAUCUUUCAACACCCUGCAUUAUCACAUUCAUGCAUGCAAAACACUCACUUACACUACUGAUUACUGAUUACACACACCAUUGUAUAUUUUCCGUUGCUUUAGUUAA